AUGAAGCAGAAAAAAGCUCAGACGCAGCAUGGCCAUGGACACAACAAGCCUGUUGUAAAGGCCCAGUAUCGCACGAGAGUGACUUGCGGAAGAGUGUCUGGCAAGGUGGCCACGUGGCAAGGUGAGGAGGGAUGGAUCCGACCGGAUGCGAAGAUUAACCAUGGCUUGAGCUCCAAGAACAGCGGCUUAGUACUGGUUAGGCGGAAGGAUGUCUCUGCGGGUCAGGCCUUGAAGCCCGGUGAAGCUGUGGACUUUUUGGUCUACUCCGAAGUCGCUGAAGGCGGUCGGUUAGGUGCUGAGUUUUGUCGGGUUGUGCCCGGCAGGAGCCAGCCCAGCCCAGCCAGCCAAGGCGAGGUUGGCAAGCCGGAGGCAUCGCCGGUGAAGCCAGCACAGAGACCACAGAAAGUUCUGCAGCUGCAUGUCAAGAAGCCAGAAGUGCUGACGCUCAAGAAGCCAGAGCCACCGACACUCAUGAAGCCGGUUCCGAAGAAGGGCGGGAAACCAAAAGGAGCGACUGUAGGCAAGAGCGGGAAGCCAUCCAUCCAGAACGUCAUUACCGCCGGCAAAGAUGGGAAGAAGUCUGGAGCAGCGACGACUCCUGGAAAGGGACCCCCAGCAAGCGUUGCCAAGGGAUUCAAUGCAAAUUCCACGGCUGCACCCGGACCCCCAUCUGCCGAUGGUUUUAAAGCCAAGCACAAGCUGCCACGACAACAGAUCGGCGACGCUGAGCAGAGUGGCCAGCUUCAUGAAUGGUGGGGAAAGUAUGGCUGGAUCAUUCCGGACAAGCCUGUCAACCAUCCUGGCGCCAGCAAGCGUCAGGGAAAAGUUUAUGUUCAUCUCUCCGACAUGGAGGACGACAGUGUGACGGUAAUUCCCGGUUGCCGCGUGUCCUUCCUGCUUUAUGUGGACAACAGCGGCCUAGGAGCGCAGAGCUGCAGGAUUUUGGACAACCUGCCAGGAGGCAAAGGCUUCCAAAAUGCGCCCAAGACCGGUUACAACAAGUGGCAGUCGACUGGUUACCAGCAAGCCAACAACUGGCAGUCCCAGUCCCAGGAAGCUCAGGAAGAGGAAGGCCUGCCUCCUGACUGGGAGGAGCAUUGGUCGGACGAGUAUAAUGUCCCGUAUUUCUGGAACAAGCAGACCAAGGAAUUCCGGAGUCCGUGUGGGUCAGACCUCAAUGAGUUCAACAGUGCAUCACGUGCUCUGUUCCAUGCCCGUGCAUGGGACCGG